ACAUUAGAAUAUCAACAUAAUCUGACGAAAAUCAUAUAAUUAUGUCUUCGAAUACGUGCCUGUUCUGCCUAGGGCCAGAAGGCACGGAAGACAUUUUCCAACAUUAUCAUGAAGGAAGGAAUGAAAUGUAUUCUGAGAUAUUAUUGAAAACUUAUAAUGUAACCGUACCGCAAGACAUCCGAAACAGCAAGAUUUGUGAACAGUGUAUAACUGAACUGCGGGCAGCUGCAGAAUUCAAAACUAAAGUUAUAAAAUCAAUCAACUACUUGGCAUCGGCACAUUUGAAAGUACAAAAUGACGACUGUGAUGAUUUUGAUGACAAAAUUAGUGUUGAAUUUGAUGAAGGCCCACAACCUGUUGAAAAUACUGUUGAAAAUACAGGUCUUUAUGUCAUAAAACUGAACUCCAAGAAUAGUUUUUAUGAUGAUAACAAGAAGACUUCUGUAGCGCAUGAUACUGAGGUUGUGGGUUUCAAUGAUGAUGAUGAUGAUGAAACAAGUUUAGUGCAAGAAACAAGCUUAUUGGAAGAAAGAAAAGGUAAAGGUUAUCAAAGGAGUGUGCAGCAAAAUUUAAAACAACCGGAAUCACAAAACCACAAGGACUUAAAGGAAAAUUCUUUAAGACUAGUUUUCAACUCCAAUAUAUGUCUAUUCAAAUCUUUGAAGACCAAAUAUGGCUGCUUUGUCUGCAAAGAAGCAUUUCUUAGCAUAAAAGAUUUAAGAGAACAUUCGAAAAUACACUCUAAUGCAGAGGCGAUAAAAGCCAAAUUCAAUCGCUUGAGAGGCAUGUCAUACCAAAACGCAGAUAUUUCAAAUUUAGAAUGCACAAAAUGUGGAUCGGCGUGCUUGGAUUUUACCGAAUUGAAAAAACACCUCAUAGAAAACCAUGAGAUUAAAUUUGGAGACACUGAACAUUUUUUAAUACCGUACAAAUUACAGGAUUCCUUCAAAUGUGUUUUAUGUAGUGAAAAAUUCAACACAUACAUGAGACUGUCCAUCCAUAUGAAUAACCAUUAUUCAAACAAUGUAUGCGAAAUUUGCGGAAAUUCUUAUAUAAAUAGAAUAAGUCUAAGAAUCCAUAUGCAAACGCAGCAUAAAGAAAAAAAGUGUAGUCUAUGCUCUGAUACUUUUUUAACAAGUUACGCGCGGGUUAGGCACAUGAGGACACACCAUAACAGUUCCAUGUCAAAGAGGUAUUGUCUUAUCUGUGGUAAAACGUUCCUUUACACGUAUCAGCUGAUCGAGCAUAAAAUUUUAGAGCACGGCGCGAAACGACAGUUGAGUAAAUGUUCUAUAUGCCCAAAAACGUUCCCGAAUCAGCAGAAUUUGAAGAUUCACAUACGUUCCGUACAUGUUAGAGAGAGGAAUUUUCCUUGUCACGCUUGUGAGAUGAGGUUUUUUACCAAGUCAGAUCAGAAAAGGCAUGAGAAAACGCAUUUAGAUGAAAAGUCGUAUGUUUGUGGGAUUUGCGAGAGUAAAUUUAAGGGGAAAGACUCUUUGAGGAGGCAUUUGAAGCGCCAGCACGGACAUACUUAGUGGGGUAUGAGCAGAGGACAUAAUUGUAACUAUAUUAUAAGGUUCAAUAUU